CGGGCCCACCGACUGGUCGCCCGGACCGACCGCCGCCGCACACGAGGCCAGCGGCCGUGUGUCGAGAGGGACGCCACGGCGCAGCGCAUCCAUCCGCCGCUCAUCCGAUCCCCCACCCGUGCCGUGAUCCCUCCUCUGUCCUCUCACUCGCUCGUCGCUUCCACCCAUCCUUCCACCCGCUCGCUGUUCCCCUCCUCGGCGCGGCGGCGGUGUCGGCAAUGACGAUGGCCUCCACCUACGCGCCGAGCGGCGCCGAGGCCCUCGCGCCGGGCCGGGCCAGGUUCCGCGGCCCCGCGGGGCUCGGCUUCCUCGGCCUCGGCCCCAGCCCCUCCAAGGUCGGCCUCCGCCCCCGCCCCCUCGCCCUCGCCAAGCGGAGCAGCCUCGCCCCCGCUUCGGGAGGCGCCAGGCUCAGGUGCGCGGCCUCGUCGUCCUCCGCGGCGGCGCGUCCCAUCUCGGCGCCGCGGUUCAUCCAGCACAAGAAGGAGGCCUUCUGGUUCUACCGCUUCCUCUCCAUCGUCUACGACCACGUCAUCAACCCGGGCCACUGGACCGAGGACAUGCGCGACGACGCGCUGCAGCCCGCCGACCUCUACAGCCGCCACCUCAAGGUCGUCGACGUCGGCGGCGGGACGGGGUUCACCACGCUCGGCAUCGUCAAGCACGUCGAUCCGCAGAACGUCACGCUGCUCGACCAGUCCCCGCACCAGCUCGAGAAGGCCAAGCAGAAGGAGGCGCUCAAGGGGGUCACCAUCAUGGAGGGCGACGCAGAGGACCUGCCCUUCACCACGGACACAUUCGAUCGCUACGUCUCUGCCGGCAGCAUCGAGUAUUGGCCUGACCCACAGAGAGGAAUCAAGGAAGCCUACAGGGUCUUGAGGUUUGGCGGAGUAGCUUGUGUGAUUGGCCCUGUGUACCCGUCCUUCUGGCUGUCCCGCUUUUUCGCUGAUAUGUGGAUGCUCUUCCCCAAGGAAGAAGAGUAUAUAGAGUGGUUCAAAAAGGCUGGGUUCAAGGAUGUCAAGAUCAAAAGAAUUGGACCAAAGUGGUAUCGUGGUGUCCGAAGGCAUGGCCUGAUCAUGGGAUGCUCUGUCACGGGUGUGAAGAGAGAACGUGGAGACUCCCCUUUGCAGCUUGGUCCAAAGGCUGAGGAUGUCAGCAAGCCGGUGAAUCCGAUCACCUUCCUCUUUCGUUUCCUCGUAGGAACGAUAUGUGCUGCAUACUAUGUUCUGGUGCCUAUUUACAUGUGGAUAAAGGACCAAAUUGUGCCCAAAGGCAUGCCAAUCUGAGUGAAGGGGACUAAACUGCAAGGAAAGGGAGGAUAGCCAAUAUCUGAAUUAGUCUUCUCUAUAUUAGGCGCUUCUGUCUGUUUUGUAUUUACCUUUUAUUUUCCUGCUGUAAUGUACUCCUUUUUACUGUUGUUUCUGUUUGUGUGAAGCAAUAAUAUUAAGACCUGGAUUAGUCUCAACAGUUUCUUGAGCAUGAAGUGGAACCUCUGUAUCAGGUUAUUGAUUUUAAAUUAUACGAAUGUAUAAUUUAGUUGGUUCCUA